GACAGGGCAGGAGAGAGAAAGAGAGGGGGAGAGGGAGAGCACAAGAGGAAAAGGCAUUCCUACAUGACUGACCAUGAGAAUGAUAAACUCCACUAACUCUUCACAGGAUUCAUGGAGAUACGAGUGGGAAUAUUACUACGAUUACCUAGACCCAAUACCAGUGGACGAGAGCAAACUGAAAUAUAACAAGUACUUGAUAGUGAUCGUAUUCUGGAUCAGUCUGGCUGCUUUUGUGGGAUCCCUGUUUGUCAUUUUGACUUUCAUGUCCCGUUCAGUCAGUCUACCCAAAGCUCAUAGUUCCAAAACGGCCAAGACAUCAUGGAGGAACCCUAGAUCAAAUUCUGCUUGAUGGAGAAUACUUGAUAUGUUUUCUGCUUGAUCCCCAAACCCCUCUGCAAAACACACACACACACACACACACACACACACACACACACACACACACACACACACACACACACACACACACACACACACACACACACACACACACACACACACACACACACACACACACGUUGAGAGCACAAGGCAGCCAGUGCAGAGCCCAAAGAGCAAUUUUUAGGGGUUAAGUGCCUCAAUUAAGGACACACUUCCAGGAUAUGGCAUUUGGAAGAACACUGCUGUGGUCUGAUGGAACAUGUCUCAACUAUUCAGAUCAUAAAACAUCUGUGUGGAACAUCGACUUACCUGCAAUGUAAUGGCCUGGUUACAAAGUGGGAUUUCCAUGUUUCUAUUCAAAUCCAAGACGACACCAAAAUAGUUUUACAACAUUUUAUAAAAGAACGAAGUGAAUGUUUUGAACAGCAAAAAAAAAUAUGAAAUUCAUGAUUUACAAAAUACACAACUUCUUUUAGAAAAUGUAGAUGCAAAAUAACAGAGGCUUCCAUUUUAUGAUUAAACAGCGUUUUCUAAUGUGUACAAGUAUGCAUACUGUACCCUGACUUGAGAUUCUCAGAAAGUGUCCUCUCUCACUAGACGUUAAUUGAUGAUUUGCACAAAAGUCGUGAGUUGUGUACACUUGUCUCAACUCUGAAUCUACAGUAUGGAACUGCUCUCUAUUCCCAACACACACACACACACACACACACACACACACACACACACACACACACACACACACACACACACACACACACACACACACACACACACACACACACACACACACACACA